GACAAAUUUUUACCUUCUCUUUCUUUCUUUUUCUGCCUCCAUUGACGAGUGUUAGCAAAUUUUUGUUUCCGUACCAAAAUAAUAAAAAUGGAGAACGACGCCGGCGAGUCUGUUGAUUUGUACUGCCCCAGGAAAUGCUCUGCCUCUAACAGAAUCAUCCACGCCAAGGAUCAUGCUUCAGUGCAAUUGAAUAUUGUUGAUGUUGACCCUGAAACUGGCCGCAUGACUGUUGGUGCUAAGACCUACGCUAUCUGUGGUGAGAUCCGUCGUAUGGGUGAAUCCGAUGAUUGUAUUGUGCGUUUGGCCAAGAAGGAUGGUUUGAUCACCAAGGCUUUCUAAAUGUAUAUACUUCAAUAAAAUUGCAGUUUUCAAGAUUUUUAACUGGAA